GCCCUCCGCAAUCGGGGCUGGACGUCCGCGGGGCUGUCCCCCCCCUCCAGUGACGUCACCCUCUUAGGCGUUCUCUUCUCGGUGACGUCAUUCUACCCGGUCCCCGAUAUUGUGACGUGACAUAGCCAUUGGCCCCGCUGCCUUGUUUUCUCCCCCGGCUCCUCCCUCCACUCCCACAAGCGGUAGGGGCGUUGCGAUGAAGCGGAGGAAUGUGCCUAAGCCAGCCCUCGGUGGAGCAGGUGAGGCGGGACCCGGUGGGACGGCAGGCCGUCCCGGACGGCUUCAACGCCACCUACUGAGCGGCGAGUUCGACGAGCUGCGAGACUUCCCCAUCUUUGAGAGCAACUUCGUGCAGGUAACCCAGUUAGGAGAAGUCGCCAACAAAGUCACAAUGGGGGUGGCAGCCUCCAGUCCAGCCCUGGAACUCCCUGAUCUGUUGCUGCUGGCGGGCCCUUCCAAGGAAAAUGGACAUCUGGAGCUCUUCGGGCUGUUCCCCUUGCAGUUUGUCCAGCUCUUCGUCCACGACGAAAGCCGCUGGCAGCUCAAGGUCAAGUUCUGCACCGGCCGCGCCUUCUACUUGCAGUUGCGGGCCCCGUCCGAGACUCGCGAUCGCGAGUUCGGCCAGUGGGUGAGGCUGCUCUACCGCCUGCACUUCAAUUCGGCCCAGGGAGCUGUGCCUUUCACACAGGAGUACUCAGCACCAGAGGACGACGAGGAAGAGGAGGAGAAAGAAGAGGAAGAGGAGGAGAUCCGGCUAGAGUGGGAGGAGCAUCAAGCCACAGAAGCCAGACUUGACCCACUGGCCUCCGAACUCUGGGGACUCUGAUUCUUCUAACAUCCUUUGAAGUCACCAAAGGACCAAAGUUCAAAGCACCUUACCUCAGGGCCUGGCAGAUGAAUUGUUA